AUGAGACGUCUGUUGUUCGCCCUGCUGCUAGCUUUGAAUGGAAAUCAAGCCGUGACCCGCUCUCAACUGCCGACCGGGGUUUUCCAAGUUGUGCCCCUUUUCGAUUCACCAGCUCAAGGAGAUGGCCAAAGAUUUGAUGCGAUUGUUGGGCAAAAGCUGGAUGCGAUAACGACGACGACAUCAAAGCCCCGUUCAUCGAGCCCAAUCCCGGGCGUCGAUUUCCACGGUCCUCUCUGGCUUCCGCGUAGCUACAAAGUGACGUGUUGUCGUGGGGGAGUGCCACAACCUGAGAAUAUUGAGCUAAUCACCAAUUGGACGCAGACCGCCUCCGAUUAUGCGAUUGAUGAGAGCGGGGCACAACCGGCUGAGAGUUGUCGUGUGUACGAGGGCGAAUUCCUGCUGGCCGCCUAUGCCCUCUUCAACCUCAAUUCGUAUACCGGCUAUGGGGUACGGUGCAAAUGUUCUCAAGCGGAUUCGUCGGCAGUAGAUGCACAUUGCCGUCCCCUGCCCCCCUGUCUUCAUGGUGGUCGUCGUUCACUGUCGUAUGGCGGAAAAUGCGUCUGUCCCGAUCCGUAUUUUGGCGAGAAUUGCGAAAAGAUUUGCGAUCAGGGCCAGAAAUUGAAAGGCAUGGACGGGCGUGAGUACUGCUCGUGCGUACCGUUCUACCAGGGCGAAGAAUGCCGAGAGAUGUUGUGUCUUAAUGGAGGCGUCGAGACGGAUAGAAAAUGCCAAUGCCCGCCCUCAUUCCUCGGAUAUCACUGCGAAAUUGACGCAAACCGGACGACGCAUGGCAAUCGAUAUGGACGGUUUGGGGAUGCUCAGCACGACGGCGAGCUGUUCUCGCGUGACAUCUCGGGCACCGUGUUCAGCAUGGUGAUGAUCAUUGUACUAAUCGUUUCAAUGUAUUUAUUGAUGAAACACCGAAUGCACGCACAGUACCAGCAACAAUCGUCCCGGGAACGUCGCGACGCACUCGGGUCGAUUUUUGGGCCGCGGAGCGGGCAGAAUGAGGGACAACCAGGCUCCAGCGAGCCCCUAUCCACGAUGCAUUUCGUAGCGAUGGGCAUCGAAGGGCCCCCACCGUAUUCCACACAAACCAGAGCGUACCGUACCCGCGACUCGGCCCUGCCCCCAUUGCCGAGUUAUGAAGAUGCAACGAAAUUGGCGCCGCUCAGACACCUGGGAAGACAGGAUCGACAACGACCGACUCGACCAAUUACAAUGUAUGAGAGAGGCGCUAAUGAUGAAAGACCAACCACAACGGCUGGCUCAUCUUCCAGAGCACCACCCGUGGAAGAGCGACGACCCUCGAGCCCUGAACACGCUGACGAUGAUGAUCAUCCCCUUGCUCCCCAUUUCUCACGCUCAAACCAUUUGAGGCGGAGUGUC